CAGCUGAUAUGAUCCUUCUCUCCUGCAUCCUGAUCGCUCUUGUCGCUGCAUUUAAAGAACAGCCAGAGAUGGUAGUGAAUCCUGGACAGGACGUCCCUCUUCAGUGUCAGGGUCUCAGAGAUGCCUCCGUCACACUGUUAGAGUGGACCAGACCUGACCUGAAGUCAGACGGUUACGUGUUAUUUUACCGAAACGAGCGGCCGUAUGAAAACUACCAGCAUCCAUCUUUUCAUGGUCGAGUGGAGCUGAGAGAUCCAGAGAUGAAGGACGGAGACGCUUCUGUUGUCCUGAAGAACGUCACCUUCAACGACACUGGAACAUACGAGUGUCGGAUUGUAACCAACAGACGACAAGAGAUCAAGCACCUGAUCGACCUGAAGGUUACAGACUCAGCUGGAAACAUCUCGGAUGCAGGAUUCAUGGAUGGCCAAGAUAAAGUCUCACUCUUCUGCUCUGUCAUAGGUGGUCUUGUUCUGUCAUUAGUUGUAUGAUUUGUAUAGUAUAUAUUGUUUUAUUUCAUUUUAACUGUUACUAUAUUUUAAUUUAGGCCUACACUUAAUUAUAUGUUGUGUAUGUAGCAUUAAGGAACUACAAAUUUUGUUUCGUUAUACAGGCUUGUGCUGUACAAUGACUAAUAAAUUUGUUGUAAAUGUAAAGGACCCUAUUCGCAAACACCCAGCAACAGACCUGAUGAGCAGAUAAAAUGGUAAAAUGGUAAAAUAAAGGUAUAAUAAACAAAACAAAAAAUAUAUACCCUGCACUCCUUGGUCAUUAGAGCUCCCCAAAGUCCAGACCUGAAGGUAACUAGCUAUCUAGUUAUAGGUGUACACUGGGGACAUGUCCCCACUUCUUUUUGUGAAAAAUGUACUGAAAAAUAGUAUUCAAAAACAAAUGUUAAAUAACAAAUGUAAGUGCUAUCAGAAAGUUUUUUGGCACGAGAGUGUUUAAUGCUCAAAAUCAUCUGGGGAGGACCCCCCGAACCCCCAAUCGUAUAUUUCAUCAAUGAAUAUUUAUUUUAAAUAGUAUUAAAAUAUCUCCUAGUCUUGUUCUUGUGACCCCAAUAUUCUCCAUUGUCACGUCUCGGGCAAUUGUGUGUUUUGUCACAACUGUACUCUGAGCCCUUAAAUGUCCCCACCACUUUUCAACACAAAGUGACACCCUUGUAUCUAGUUUGUCUAUCCAAAUGUUUUAUACUGAUCAUUUUAGGAUGGUAAGGAUUGUGAUGAUCUGUGUUUGUUCAGAAUACGCCUACACUACAAGCUUUGAAUAUAAACUGUAAUGCUCUUUUACUCACUUUGUAAUACUCUGAAUGCAUCAUGAUGGCCAUCAAA